UACGGUUUUCUUGUUUUUCGUCCAGGGUUUUGAAGGUGUGUGGGUCGCCGGUAAUGACGGCAUUCUCUGUAACGUCAUGUGACAGUCAGGUGUCUAUCUUUGCCGUUGCCGACGUAAUGGAAAAGAACGGUUGGACAAUGGAGCGCCAGAUGGAUAGUCUCCAUUUCUCCAUCCUCCCCUCACACACUCCCGAGAGAGCUCAGCAGCUGCUUUCUGCUCUCAGAGAGGCUGUCACCACUGUCAAGGCAAACCCCGCCCUCUCUCGUACUGGGUCAGCCGGUCUCUACGGCAUGGUUGCUAAGAUACCAGACAAGGCGGUCGUCAACGACUUCAUCCUGGAAUUCUUUAACGAGCUCUACACUCUCUAACUCUGCAUCCCUGUGUGACUCGUUUGUGCAAGAAUGCAAUUAGGUUUCCGUUUUUUAGUAACAUUUUCUAAAUUUAGCCCUUAUAAUUACAUUCCCUUUAACGUCAAAUUGUAGUUUAACUCCUAAAUUAUCGGGAAAACACGAUACCUCACAACAUUGCUGAAUCACACAUGUAUACACACAGUUUCAGAAGACGUAAGGUGCAUCAUUUGAUGGAUGUGCAUAAUGGGGCGAUAUAAAGAGCGGAAGGAAGAGGUAUAAUUAUGGUGUAUAAUAUAAUACAUACAUGACAUAAUGUUGACCACACCUAAGGAACAGUGAGGAUGUUAGGAGGGAAAUCCCCAACCAGGGGUUUUUCCUCCCAUAGUUCCAAUUACAUGACGACCUGCAUAUAUAUACAAAUAGUGGCACUAUGCAUGCACAUGAACACGUAACAAACAAGAGUGUGCUAGAAAUUACAAACUUCCACACUGUCCCAUGCUAAACGACACGCCAAUUACUACCUCUUGGUAGAACUGCGUUUGCCUGUAGUGAGAACGACAGUGUACAUGUAUGUAGUGUAUACAUAUGUAUGACCCUAAAUAGUGGAGUUGAGUGUUCAGAAGAUGUGGAUGCAGGGGAUUGCUGGAUCGGCCACUAUAACGUUCCCCUGACCAUCCACGCAGACACUGCUCGGAGAUUUAAACAGCAUUCCCUCGCCACCCAGCUGCUUGACCUUUGCACCCUGCGGAGACACGACAAAGAGGAGGUGUGCCUUGGCCGACGUUACUAGGAGAAACCCGUCACGGUCGACGGCAACAGACGUGGGGCUGAUUAGAGGGA